UUACUAAGACUGGUAGCUACCUACAAGGUACCUACCUACCUACCUACCUACCCAUACCAAUACUUUAUCUACUCUUCUCUCGACCGUCCAUUUGGCCUCAUUCCAACUUCGCACGCAUAAACCGCUGACAAUCAUGGAAACCUCCAUGAAGACAUGGGAUGCACAAUCACUCACUAACGGAAUUCCAGAGCUAGAAAACUCUAUACAACUCGUCGACCCAACCCGAGAUGCCCUCUAUUCCUAUUCUGCCGAUUCCCAAAGGGCCAUCAACAACGCCCGGCCAUGGCGCACCGACCCGCACCAUUUCACCUCUGUCCGUAUCUCUGCAGUCGCACUGCUCAAGAUGGUCAUGCAUGCACGCUCCGGUGGAUCUCUCGAAGUAAUGGGCUUGAUGCUCGGGAAGAUUGAAGCAAAUACAUUCGUUGUCACUGACGCCUUCCGAUUGCCCGUGGAAGGGACCGAGACUCGCGUCAAUGCCCAGGACGAAGCAAAUGAGUACAUGGUGGAGUUCUUACACCAGGCGCGUGAGCAGGGUCAGAUGGAGAACGCUGUUGGCUGGUACCACUCACACCCUGGUUAUGGAUGCUGGCUAAGUGGGAUUGACGUCAACACUCAAAAGACACAGCAGAUGUUCCAGGACCCAUUCGUUGCCGUGGUCAUAGAUCCAGAUCGCACUGUCUCUGCUGGAAAGGUCGAAAUCGGCGCGUUUAGAACGUACUCUGAGGAGUAUGUCAAGGAAAAAGACAAGUCUCAAAGCGCUUCGGCCGGUGUAGGUGAAGAUGGUUUGCAGACGAUACCGUUGGGCAAGAUCGAGGAUUUCGGAGCACAUGCAAACCACUACUAUUCCCUCGACGUUUCCCAUUACAAAUCCUCCCUUGACACCAAAUUAUUGGAGGCUUUGUGGAACAAAUACUGGGUUGGCACCUUAUCGGCAUCUCCCCUCUUUUCCAACCGCGACUACGGCACGAAACAGAUCCGUGACCUCGCUAGCAAGCUUCAUCAGGAAAACAACAACAUCAAAAGGUAUCACAAAGGAAGUCUUGGCGAUUCGAAAGGUGGACAAUUAGCUAAGCUAGGAGGGGCGGGAGGAAAGAUCUCUAGAGAAGAGGAAAUGGGUCUCCUCGCCGCCAAAGUGAAGCAUCAGGUGUUUGAGCUGAAGGACGACAACAUUUCUGUCCCCUCAACAGAGGUGGAAAUGAAGAGCUGA